AUACACGCGCGCCGCCCACGCCGCUCCCGGAGGCAGCAGGCAGGCUGUCAUGGCGAGCUCAGCCGCCUCGUCGGUGAGACCGCCAAGACCCAAGAAAGAGCCUCAGGCGCUCGUCAUCCCCAAGAAUGCGGCGGAGGAGCAGAAGCUUAAGCUGGAGCGGCUCAUGAAGAACCCGGACAAAACAGUUCCAAUUCCAGAAAAAAUGAGUGAAUGGGCACCUAGACCUCCUCCAGAAUUUGUCCGAGAUGUAAUGGGUUCAAGUGCUGGGGCCGGCAGUGGAGAGUUCCAUGUGUACAGGCAUCUGCGCCGGAGAGAAUACCAACGACAGGACUACAUGGAUGCCAUGGCUGAAAAGCAAAAAUUGGAUGCAGAGUUUCAAAAGAGACUGGAAAAGAAUAAAAUCGCUGCAGAGGAGCAGACUGCAAAGCGUCGGAAAAAGCGCCAGAAGUUAAAAGAGAAGAAAUUGUUAGCAAAGAAGAUGAAACUUGAACAGAAGAAACAAAAAGAAGGAUCCAGUGAGUCUCAGGAGCAACAGUCCAGCAGCUCUGAGGAGGCGUCUGGAACAGAGGAGGAGGAAGAAGAGCCCAGCUUUAUCAUGGGACGAUGACAACGUUUGCGGCAGCAGCCGUCUAGAGCCUGGUCACUCUGUGACCAGGGCCUCAGAAAACCCUCACCGUGCCCAGAAGGGAAAGGAAGCUCUGUUUCAGCCGGCUCCCUCCCAGGACUGCCUGGGUAGACAGCAAAUGGGAGCCCCUCUCGAGCUGCUCACAGUCCUGCCUUUCAGCGGGACUUGGAGCCUGAGGGACAGAGGGACUGUCUCCUGGACACUCGAGGGCACUGCCUAGCAGAGUUCAUCCACGUUCCUGCUAAAAGGGAAAGGGUGCUCUGCUGCUGGUGCCUGUUCUCACAUAUUCGAACAGUGAUGAAUUUUGGGCUGGUUUCUGUAAAGGGAAAAUUUAUUUAGUAAAGAACAGAAAGCCUUAAGGUUUUGUUCA